AUGGUAUUUUUGAAAGUCGCCCCAAUGAAGGGUGUGAUGAGAUUCGGGAAGAAGGGGAAGUUGAGUCCCAGAUUCAUUAGUCCAUUUGAGAUCCUAAAACGCAUUGGUAAAGUUUCCUACAAGUUGGCCUUACCGCCAACACUUGCUGGAGUGCAUAAUGUGUUUCAUGUUUCCAUGUUGAGGAGGUACAUCCCGAAUCCUUCACAUGUUUUGAACUAUGAGCCACUCAAGAUCAAAGACAACUUGACUUAUGAGGAAGUUCCAAUCCAAAUUCUUGACUGCAAGGAUCAAGUGCUACGCACCAAGACCAUAUCAUUGGUUAAGGUCCUUUGGAAGAACCACACAGUGGAGGAGGCAUCUUGGGAGUGA